GACAAUAGCACUGAGAUUUCAGGAAAACGUUCUCUGAAGCAUUUUACACAUGAUCAUCCUGUUGAGAUGGGAAGUGUGUAGCUGGUGUGAUUGCUCAGUAAACACAACGCCUAUGCAGUCCUAUAGUCAAAGGAGUCACGUGACGAGGCGACGGUUGUGCGCGUGUCUCCUUAGUAACAAGCGUUCUCCUAACAACAGCAGCCGCCGCAAUGGACGCGUUAAAGACGGCGAUACAGGAGGCAGCGAGGCUCAAGAGGGAUGAAGGCAUAGUGCGCCUGAGCAGCUGUUUUCAGUGGAGAGACUUUGAAGGCGACGACCAGAGGCAGUAUAUACACCAAGAAUUUGUGUAUGAGAAUGUGAUGUACUCGGUACAGCGUGGGCUUCCAUGGGCUGCAGUGGCCCAAAUAGCAAAUCUGAGUAAAGAGCUCCUCCCUGAGCUUAGAGGUUUAGAGAGAUCCGAAGCACUGUCUUUGAUCCAGACACGGCUAUCCCAGUGUGAUCAACGACUGCCUCGCUCUCAUCACGCCACCGUGUAUGACUUCAUGGUGCAGACCUACAUCCAUCAUCAGUGCCUCUAUCAAGCUUUUUUAAAGGAAGAGGUGAAACCUAAGUGCAUGCACUCCCACCUUGAGAUUCAGGUUCCACCACAUCCCCUACCACUAUCUGAGGGAACAGAUUUGGGAGUCUGGGAGAAGCAGCAGGCUUUGAAAGAACUAAUGGCAGCCGAGACAGUGAAGCUUGCAGAAAUCCACAAACUCAAAGAACAGGCUGAGGCACAGAUAAUGGAGAAGUCGCAAGUCAUUCUCAGUAACCUUUCCCUGGAGGACAGACUAGACAAACAGGCAUUGGAAAGCAUGGUUCACUCCUUUCUGCAGUCGGAAGUAGACAUGGUAAAGGAGAUUUUAAUGAAGGAAAUCAGAGCUGUACAAGAGCUGCUGGAAAUAAGACUGAGUCAAACAGCUCUACAAGGAGCAGGACGCCCUUCAGAUGCAUCAGGCUUCUCACAAAAAGACUGUACGUCUGGCUCCACUAAAAAGAAAAAGAAAUGAGGGUAACAAGAUGGUUUAUCAUCAUUUAAAAAAAUUUAUCCUGGGAAUCAUUAAUUCAUUUAUUUGUUCAUAUUCUUUGACCGCAUUAUCCUGGUCAGGGUCAUGGUGGAAUCCGGAGCCUAUCUUGGAAAGACUGGGCGUGAGGAGGGAAUACACCCUAGAUGGGGCGUCAUCCCAUUGCAGGGCACCACACACACUCAUUCACUCCUAGGGGCAAUUUUAGCGUAGUCAGUCAUCCUACCACCUGUUUUUGGGAGGUGGAGAGGAAACCCACAUGUACCCAAGAGAACAGAAACUCCACAGACAGUAACUAGAGAUCAGAAUCAAACUAGGGAGCCUGGAUCUGUGAGGCAGCAAUGCUAACCCCUGCGUCCAUACUGGGAAUCGAACAUACAGUUUUAAAUACUGACAUUAAAUCUUACUUUAAUUACACAGAACUGUCUUUGUACAGUGCUCUAUUUUACAUAAGUGUUUGCAAGUACUCUAACAGAAAAUGAGUUCCUCAGUGUUUUUUUUUUUUUUAAUGGUUAGGGCUUCUAGCUUUAUACAGACAUUUUACAUUGAUUCAUCCUGGGAUGAAGUGAAGAACCCUUCAGGGUGCUAGAUGGAAGAGGGUACUAAGCAAAAGUACUUAAUAUGUAGUGUGGAUAAAAAAGAGCAGAUAAACUGCUUUACACAAUGCAUUAAUCCAUCAACGUGGAGAAACUAUCCAUAAUAUACCAACAAUAUAUUCAUAACACAAUACACAUGUUGUGUGGAUAAUGGGGAAAAAAGAGCAUUACAGACAUUACAGUCAUUAAUUACAAUACGUAAUAUUACCUACAAAACAAAAUAUACUCACAAGUAUAGGUCAUCAAAGAGUUGUAAGUGCAAAGAAGUGCAAAACUAAAUGUAAAAGCGCUUUUGAUAAAGCGCAAAGUUGUCAUAUAGUCUUUCACUGAAUAGCACCAGAGUCUUACUGGUUGUUCCCAUGAACAAUACUACACUUCUUUGUCCAGAAGAGCACAUCAGAUCUAAUAUAAAGCAUCAAAACAAUUACACUAUCAAAGAAGUACAUUAAAGCUAGCACCACAAAAACAAAAUGACAGCAAAAUGAUAUGCAAAAUGUCAAGUAACAGAAAAUGUCAAGUAUUCUAGGAUAUUUUGCAUUUAAAAAAAUGUUAUACAGUAGCUAAGGCCAAUGUGAGGCAUCCCUGUACGGUUUUAAAACAAAACUUACCAUGUGACCUUAGUUUGUUAACAGAAAUAAAUUACAAACAUGAGAAAAUAUACAGUAACAUAUUUUCCUUUUGACCCCAACAUCCAGACUAGGAAUGUGUGUUAUUUGGAAACCCAGUUCACUUCCUUAUAUCUCAUCACCACCACACCCAGAAAAAGGCUUAUUACACAGUCAUUUGAGACACAUAAGAACAAAACAGGAUUUGAAAAAAAAACAAACAAACCAAAAAAAAACAUUAUGCCUAUAAAAAACUCAAUAAAAUGGUCAAUAUCUGGAAGCAUACUGAUGUGACAAUGCAUAUGAGUGUGUAAACUGGAAAUACUGUUUGUCCCCAGUGUAUGAAUGGAUGACUUGUCUUUAUCAUCUGUUACAAAUAUAGGAGUUGUUUGUCAA